GUAACGUAAUCAAACCGGAUAUGACCAAAGAGGGCGGGACGAUUUUAAAAUUCGUGCGGUUUGUUUUGGGGAAUAGACUGUUGAUGCCUUUACGUUAUAUACCUACAACAUCCAUAAAGGGGAUUUUUCCUUGCUGCCGUUGCAUUCAUCGUUGCACAACAGAUAAAGCAAAUGUCAUCCAAAAUUCCAAGAGGUGUCAAAUUUCCUGCAGAAAUUAAGAAAACUGGUUGUAAAUUAGAAUCCAAAGACACUGUAACUGCAACAGCCAAUGCUGGCCAAAAGUCAGAUGGUAUACUCAAACCUCACAAAGAAAACAUGUCACGGAAAACGGUUGCCCCUAAAGCCAACAAAGGUGUCUCCACCAGGUACGGGCAACAGACAGAGCAUAGGGGGCAAAAUCAGCACCUGAUGGCAACCAACGACGAGCUGCAGAAAAACCUCACAGAGACACAGCAAAAAGUUGCUGAGUUGGAGCUGCAGUUCAGUGGUCUUGAAAAGGAGAAUGCAGAGGUUCGGAAAAACCUGAAGGACUGUCAUGUACUCCUAGUCGCUGCCAAUAUAGACCCAGUUUUAGGAGAAAGGGUUGGUGAAGAUGCUCAACAAAAGAACGACAAAAGAAAAGAAGUUACGAAUGUCUCCACAGACCUGCUAAAUGAAUUAAAGGUGUUUGGAGACACUGCAUUACAGCAGCGUGCCCGCUUAGAGGGAAUCCAAACAACGAUGAUAGAACUCGCGAAAGCACGGGAACAAAUGAUGCAGGAAAGAGAGAACUUCUCCCAGGAGGCGUCUGAAAUGGAAAGAGCCCUCGAGGAAGCAGAGGCUCUGCUGCUGUAAAAUAAAUAUUUUCCUAACUAAAAAGAAGUUUUAAAAAAAUGUAUGUAUGUUUUCAUUUUAGUGUGACGGAAAAAUAAAUAAAAGAUUCCUUAUCGCUGUACUCUU